GGUUUUUCAAUUCAAUGGACUCUUAAUAUUUUCGUUCCGUCACCCCUGAUAUUUUGAUUUUCCAGUUUAUUUCAAUCUUUGUGACAUCUUCAAAUCGAGUCUAUUUGAAUUUGGGAUAUAAAUUUUCGUGAAAAAUAUUUCAAGCUUUCUUCUCUGUUUGUCUCACUCUCACACACACCCACACACUUGCUCUCUCUAUCUCUUUCGCCGCUGAUUGCGUCUUUGUGUGUGCGCGAGUGUAUGAGUUUUUGGAGGUUUGAAAUGAACAGUUUACAAUCGAUGUAUAAACCAAUCUUAAUUGCAUUAAUUUAUGCGUGCGCCAUUGGUGUGCAUCAGACGUAUGCACAAAACGAAGUGAAAGACCAGUCACGGAACAGUGAUGAAUGCCAGGUGACACCAGUGAUACAUGUACUUCAAUAUCCAGGCUGUGUUCCAAAACCAAUACCAAGUUUUGCGUGCAUCGGACGAUGUUCAAGCUAUCUUCAGGUUUCGGGUAGUAAAAUUUGGCAGAUGGAACGUUCUUGCAUGUGUUGCCAGGAAUCUGGUGAAAGAGAAGCAGCUGUUUCACUAUUUUGCCCCAAAGCAAAACCAGGCGAACGGAAGUUCCGAAAGGUAUCAACGAAAGCACCGUUGGAAUGUAUGUGUCGGCCAUGUUCGGGUGUUGAAGAAACGUCAAUUGUGCCACAAGAAAUUGCCGGCUAUACUGACGAAGGCCCAUUGAAUAAUCAUUUUCGAAAAGCUCAAUUGCAAUGAGCCAUAUAACAUCAUAAAUGAGCGCACUGCAUUUCAAAUGCGACGAAUGACGCAAACAAACAAUUAAAAUAUUAAUUAUAUGAUUGUGAUUUUUGUUUUUCAGUGUUCACUAUUACUAUUUGAAAAACGUGAAAUGAAAUGAUUGAUAUAAAUAAAAACGAGUUUACUUACGAAUCACUUUAAUCCCAUCGUCCA